UGCUCCUUCUGCCACCAAAUAUUUAACUUCACUUCCACUUCCACUUCCACUCACUCAAACCAAACGCCAAAAACUUCAUCUCUCGAUCUCAUGGAAGAAAGACCCGAAACGGAGCUCAUUUCGAUACCGGCGACGCCAAGGGACUCUACGCCGGAGAUACUGACGCCAUCAGGACAGAGGUCGCCGAGACCACAGUCCAAAGAGGGUGGGAAGUCGUCGACGGCAUGGACACCGACGUCGUUUAUUUCACCGAGGUUCUUGAGUCCCAUCGGAACGCCGAUGAAGAAGGUGCUAGUGAACAUGAAAGGGUACCUAGAGGAAGUCGGUCAUCUGACAAAACUUAACCCACAAGACGCUUGGCUUCCGAUCACCGAAUCCCGGAACGGCAAUGCACAUUACGCCGCGUUUCAUAACCUCAACGCCGGCGUCGGAUUCCAAGCUCUGCUUUUACCCGUCGCUUUCUCCUUCCUCGGCUGGAGUUGGGGGAUUAUUGCAUUAACCAUAGCUUACAUCUGGCAACUAUACACUUUAUGGAUCUUGGUACAACUCCAUGAAGCAGUACCCGGCAAAAGGUACAACCGAUACGUCGAGCUCGCCGAAGCAGCUUUUGGAAAUCGAUUGGGUGCAUGGCUAUCGCUGUUUCCGACAGCUUACUUAUCUGCAGGGACGGCGACGGCGUUGAUUAUCGUCGGAGGAGAAACCAUGAAACUAUUCUUUGAAAUCGUUUGUGGGCCUCUUUGUUCUUCAAAUCCGUUAACGACAGUUGAAUGGUAUCUGGUUUUCACGUCGUUAUGCAUCGUGUUGUCUCAGCUUCCGAAUCUCAACUCCAUCGCCGGACUCUCCCUUGUCGGAGCGGUGACCGCCAUUAUCUACUCCACGAUGGUGUGGGUCCUCUCCGUCAGCCAACCGAGACCACCCAACAUCUCUUAUGAGCCACUCGCGUUGCCGACGUUCACCUCUUCCAUAUUUUCCGUUUUUAAUGCACUUGGGAUCAUAGCAUUUGCAUUCAGAGGCCAUAAUCUAGUUCUCGAGAUUCAGUCGACGAUGCCAUCGACAUUCAAGCACCCAGCUCAUGUCCCAAUGUGGAAAGGAGCCAAAGUUGCAUACUUCUUCAUCGCCAUGUGUUUGUUUCCGCUAGCCAUCGGUGGUUUCUGGGCUUACGGAAAUCUCAUGCCAUCAGGAGGGAUUCUGAACGCACUAUUCGGGUUCCAUGAACACGACAUUUCAAGAUCGCUUCUUGCAACCACCUUCCUCCUCGUCGUCUUCAGUUGCCUGAGCAGCUUUCAGAUCUACUCCAUGCCGGUUUUCGACAACUUUGAAGCCAGCUACACCCACCGGACAAACCGGCCGUGCUCAAUCUGGGUCCGGUCAGGUUUCAGGGUGGUUUACGGGUUCAUCAACUUCUUCAUAGGUGUAGCACUACCGUUCCUCUCCAGUCUCGCCGGACUGUUGGGAGGGUUGACACUUCCGGUGACAUUUGCAUAUCCUUGCUUCAUGUGGGUGUUGAUCAAGAAGCCCACAAAGUAUAGUUUCAAUUGGUACUUCAAUUGGUCGCUUGGGUGGCUUGGUGUUGCGUUUAGUGUGGCGUUUACGAUUGGGGGGAUUUGGAGUAUUGUUGAUAAUGGGCUGAAGUUGAAGUUCUUCAAGCCCAGCUAGUUGAUUGAAGAUGAUGGCAUGAUUGUGGUUUGAUUUUUGAUUAUGCAUAAUUCGAUAUAUACAGUUUCUCAUAUAUGUGUAAUAUUGUAUG